CCACUACCUCCGAACUCCCACAACACCAUUUUACUCUUUACUCGGAGAGAGCGCGAAUUGAAGGAUCAGGUUUGUGUCUUUUUGACGGCGAAAUCAAUUUGGGAAUUAGGGCUCGGCCCAUAAAAAAACAAUUGAAAAUCAUGGGGCGGCUGUUUAUAGAGACGCUGAGUGGGCCAAGGAUCUUCAAGUGCAGGUAUUGCAAAGUGGACUCUGCGUCCCGCGACGACGUCGUUUCCAAGGAGUUUCAGGGCCGUUAUGGCAGAGCCUAUCUCUUCAGGAAUGUGGUAAAUAUAUCUCUUGGGCCUAUUGAAGAGAGGCAACUCAUUAGCGGAUUGCAUACUGUGAACGACGUAUAUUGUAGCUCUUGCCAGCAAAUUCUGGGCUGGAAAUAUGACAAGGCUUAUGAGCCAAGCCAAAAGUAUAAAGAAGGAAUGUACAUCCUAGAGAGGGAACGGAUGCUGAAGGAGGGUUGGUGAUGCUUGGACAGGAAACAUUUGCGAGAAUAGACCAAAAGCCAUCUCUUUGCAAUACUUUACACUUUCUGUAAGUAAACAGUGUUCAUCCAGAUUGCAGCUGGUGCAACUUUAGGAUAAGACCUUUUUGAUUCUGAGCACCAAACGGCAAUAAUAGUGUUCUGUUUAUUGGA